UCUUGGCUUACCUAUAGAUCUUUGCCAUAUUUUCCGAUUUCAUCUUAAAUGUUCUCAUUGCCUUCAUAUGGUGCAACGAGUGAUUGUAUUAUUGUGCCACCAGACCCGAUAGACUUAAGGUAUUUCCGACAUAAUCAGAAAAAAUCUUAUGGAUCGAAUGACAAUUGAGUUUGAAAAUUCACUCGGUGUCAGUUUAGUUAUGGUGAUGAUGACUUAAAGACUCGGCAGGUUGUUGUCUACUGAGUCUUUAUUCUCUAAAGAAUAUUCUAAUACCUAUUGAUUAUAAGUUUCCACGAAGCAGCAGCUUAUAGCUUUAUGGACGAAACGUGAACUCAGCGUCGAGUGGGUGUGUAGCCUCUCACUGGCAGCUUUAUAGUAAAUGUUUGUGUAUUUGUGCCGUUUGACAGCUUUACAAGACAAUGGUAAGAAUAAAUUAAGAGUUAAUUUCACGACAAAUGUGAAUGAAAUGGAGGCAACCAUUAUUACAUUAUACUGUAUAACACAUAAAAACUUCACUGAUAGACAGAUAAAUGACUUCUUAAUUUACUUAAUCGUGGUGAUUACACACAAAAAGCAUACUUAGCCACGCUUUUUCCUCCUAGAUAUUACAAUUCUUUCCCAGACAAACUUAGAUUUCUUUUGGACUUUUAUCAGGCGACAGUUAUAUAUGUAUAGACCUAUGAAAAAAAAUUAAUAGAUGUUGGUGAUACCGAAGAUCAUACUGUUUAUAGUCCUUGGGUGAUACAGCGGUAAUCCACGUGUGUCAACAAAGUGUCAAGGGUUCGAGUCCUGCUUGACCCGGAAACACUUAAGACUAGUGUGACCCUCACUAGUCGCGAGUCACUACUAAACAUCGCAGGUUUCCCGGACUCCUGAUUCCUUCUGCACUAGAUAAACCAACGAGCCGAACAUCUACUUAACUUUGGACGUUACCAAGAUUUUAAACGAUAAAGUUUAAGUGAGAAUAAACUGAAAAAACCCAGAUAAUUAAUACUAGUAAUUAAAACUAUUUAGUAUAUGCUGCAAAAAUACGUGAAAGAAAACGGAACGUGUACCACCUUGUGGGGUUGGGAUAUCAAGGGUUGCUGGUCAGACGCAUUUCUGUUAUCAUCUCACGGCCGUAACCUGCUCCAGGAACACCAUGCCAUCACGAGUAGCAGACUCAAGGGAGGAAGAAGCCAGAGGGGAGGUGCUACUGAAACCAUCCUCAGAUAUCGUCACCUUUCAAGCCAGCAAUGGGGGUGGAGUGGCAGAUCAUUUGUUUGAGGAGCAGGAACCUAAUUGGGUUUUGGAGACAUUGGCAGAGAGGCAAGCUCGACGUCGUUCGCAUUAUGUUAUUUACCUCACCACCUUCGUCAUGUCUAUAGGCUUCUCCAUUGUACUGACGGGGGUGUGGCCUUACUUGCAGCAGCUUGAUCCUGGAUCAUCAAAGGUAUAUUUCGGUUGGGUGGUCGCUGCUAACCCUCUGGGACAGAUGCUGGCCUCACCCUUACUAGGAUGGUGGGCCAACAGGGCGAAAUCCAACAGGCGUUGUUUCCAGCUGUCGUUGACCGUCUUCGCUAUAGGUAAUGGCCUUUAUGCCAUUCUCAGUGUGUUUGGGUCUGCAGCACUACCUAUCAUGUUCGUCUCCCGCUUCCUUGUAGGCAUCAGCUCAGCUAACAUUGCCAUUGUGCGGUCUUAUAUAUCCACCUCAACCACCACGAGUGAGAGGACAACAGCUGUGGCAUUAACGUCUGCUGCACAAGGCCUUGGCUUUAUCAUCGGUCCUGCUGUCCAGGCUGCACUGGCUGUAGCAUUUGCACACACUUCCCCCAACUCCAGUAACUCUACCCUGACUAAUGGGACAAUGAGUGAGACACUAGUAGACACAGAUGCACCAACAAUUGAGUUGAACAUGUAUUCAGCAACAGGAUGGAUUGGUGUUUUUCUUGGCGUAACAAACCUCUUCCUCUUCUUCCCCUGUACAUAUCAGGAACAUCCCAUAGCAGCUCGAGAAGCCCAACUUCAGAGGAGACUAAACAGGGAUGAGAGCACAAAGCUGCCAAAACCAGAUUAUGUUCCUUUGGUUGGAGUUAUUUUCUCUUUCUUUAAUUUCCUUUUUAUUUAUGUGUUAUUAGAAACUAUUAUUGUACCCAUGUGUAUUGAUCUGUAUGCUUGGACAGAUGAAAAAGCUAUAACACUUGUAGGAAUUGGUCUUAGUGUGGCAGGAGCAUUUUCUGUAGUUAUGUUUGCAUUAUCGAGUAUUUUGACGAAAAGGUACGAUGAACGUAAAGUUUUAAUAAUUUUAGGGAUAAUACCACUGAUAUUAGCUAAUUUAAUUCUUUUCCCAAUGGGCAGCAAUUAUCCUAAAAUGAAAAACUGCAGCACAGAUGAUCCACUUCAUAUUGAAACUUUCAGUAAUCUUACAACUUUUGCCCCACAAACUACAGAUUUACUUUUAACAACUUUACCGGGAGAUCUGCCGGUUAAUAUAGUUGACAUGGAAAGGAGACUUUUAACAGCAUUAGCAGGAGAAAUAAACAUAAUCAGUGAAGAAAAUACUACUGGUACUCCAAUACCAUCAGUAGAGGAGGUAACUCUUCUCAGUGAAGGGUUGGAACCUUCAACAACCAUACAGGUAGAGCUGAUAAGUACUGCUUCUGAACCUAUAGUCUCUCCAACACCAAGAGAGAGACACAUUAUACCAGGUGAAAUGUACUUCAAUAAUUCAGAAGCGAGAACUCUGUCAAGAAGACGAAGACAUGCAAUUCGUCGGGAAACAUGUGAUGAUUUGGGGUGUCCACCAGAACAGAAAUGGUGUCUUUACACUCCUAUUAUUGAAAUACCACAGCUAAUUGUCGGAACAUUUAUGGCUUCAGUUGGCUACCCAGUGGCCUUCACAUUAGCAAGUUCUCUUUUCUCCAAGUUGUUAGGUCCUAAACCUCAGGGAGUUUGGAUGGGAAUUCUCACCAGUGCAGGCAGCCUAUCCCGUGUUACUGGCCCAAUAUGUGUGUCAUACAUGUAUACUGUAUUAGGCACUAGGUGGACAUUUGGUGUCCUUUUUUUACUUAUGAUAUUAACAUUUAUUAUAAAUCUCUGUCUGUACAGGAGACUAGUGCCCAUGAAAGUAGUAAGAAAUUUAAAAUGAUAACUGUACAAAGUUAUUUAUUAUAUAAAGGAAGAGUGAAAGUGAAGUAUUGAACCUAACAUAUCGUUCUGGCAGAGGCUGUACCCAGGCAGCUCUCAUGAUAAAAGGCUCGUUGUUGUAGAUUUUCAAUACAGUAUUCAGGUGUCUCCCUUUAUUUUUGGCUAGUCCAUUAUUAUAUGAUUCACAAAUGGGAAACAUCUGGAUAGUAUAUCUUGAGUACUGUACACAGAAAUGGAUAUGUGGAUAGGCAGACUUUGCCAUACUCUUUUCUCGUGAAAAUUAGAAUAGAUUACCACAAAUAUGUCACAUAAAGUAGAUCAGACCAAAUAAUACCCAAAUUAUUCAAAUGCAAGAGGUGGGAAUGGUCAGUGAUGGGGAAUGUAAGUCACUCCUUAGUGCCUGGCUUUAGCUUUUGAGUCUUAUUUUCUGCCUCAAUCCUUUCUUCCAGGUGACUUAGGAUCAUAAACGCUGGAUUGUUUCUGGAAGUCCUGUUUUAUAACCGAGUUAGGAUGAGGAGACUCGAGAGUCCUCCCUCUUAUUGGAUAUAUACAGCUUGGUUAGACUGAUGCUCGGUCAUGGAUAUCAAUUCAGCCAAUGAUAAAUAAUGGAAAGCAAAAUUAUGGAGGUUUUUGUUGUACUGUACCUAAACUUAUCAACCCUCAGCCUUCUGUGGUUUCUCAGGCCCUUGCUAUGGUGCUUCUACUAAUUCUUUGUUUAGUGCCAGAUGCCUUGAGUGUGGUCAGCUGGUCAUCAAAUGAGCUUCCUGACUAUGGAGUGUCUAGUCAUAAAAGCCUGAUAUGAUAUCUGAAUUACUCCUGAUAAAAUUAAUGCAAUUCUUAGUAAUAUAUUUUUAGGCUAUAAAGCAGUGGUCCCCAACCUGUCGUUUGCAAGCACCAUGGCACCCGCGAAACCAUAUUAUGGAGUCCGCGAAGGUUUAUUUGAAAAUUGUGAAUUAUUUGGGAUUCUUUGUAAGCGUUAAAUUUAUGAAAAUAUGUAAUAACUUGGUACAAAUUUACAGUUUGAGAAAGAGAGAGAGAGAAAUUGCGUGUUUGUCCUGAGUCUAUCGUGUACAGCCUUCUCACUGGGGUAAAUACACACGUCCUGUCCAGAGUAAAUGUAAAAAGUUUGUUAGUUCGUGUAAAACUGCAAAUAACUGUACAGUAUAUAUGAGAUUUUAUUUUCUUGAAUGUAGAUCCAAAGUUUUGGCGCCCUCCACUUUAUUUACAAUGAUAAAUGUGGCCCAGAGUCUACAAAAGGUUGGGGACCACUGCUACAAAGACUAACCAUACAAAAUGUUGCUAUACUGUAUGCAGUGAAGCCACAAAUCCAAUGUUUUCUUUUGCAGUAGCCAGAGUAAAGUAUCACAUAGUGGUCUUUUGGAAAAUAAAAGAACACAGAUUCAAAAUGGCAAGCCAGCACCUUAUUUUUUCAUAUGAACUCUCACAUAAUAAAAAAAAAGCCUGAAUUACAAAUAUGUUUCCUUCAUAUCAGGGAGCUAGUUAUUAGGUAUAUUUGUGUGAAAUCAGUUUAGGUUUGAUUUAAUACAUAGGCUCUUCAGGUCAUAUUGGUGGUGAUGUAUUGUUUACAGUACUGUAUACAGUACGGGCACAUAAAAACUUAAUUAAAGUUGUUGGGGUAAAUUAGACCCAAGUACUGUACUGUACUACUCUCCUGUGAUAUACCAAAACAAAUACACUACCAAAGCAUGAAGCAUACCUAUAACUUCAUAAGAGAAUAAAUACAGUAAAAAUAAUUUGUACAGGUGUAACUGAAGGAGGGUUGUGAUAAAUAGGAAAAUACGAGUACCUGGUUAAUAUAUUUUGGGAAGUUUAUAUGUUAAAUGUAAUAUGUACUGUGCAAUGAAGAAGAAAAAAAGAAGUCUAUGCAGAUCUCUUAUAGUCUGUCUAUAUUGUUGUAAAUAGGUAUUAAUUUUUGUACAGUGUCUUGUUGCCUAAAGAUAAUUUGUGUAAAUAUAUGAGUAUCCAGUAAUGUACUAUGUGAAUAUAAUACACUGGCUUAUGUAAUACAAAUUGCAGCAUUUGUAAGGUGCUUCUCAACGCAUACCAGAUUAUUAUGGCUUUUCGAUCACAGAGAAUUGUUUGCUUUAAUAGUAGAACUCUGUAUAAUAUAUUUUGGAAGAGAUCUCAAUUUUAUUCUGUACAGUAAACCCUCGAUAACUCAGAAUUUCAUGUAACUCGGCAUGGAUAUGGUCUCGGAAUGUAUUAUAGUACAGUAUAACUCGGGAAAUGCCGAGAUAUAUAAAAUUAUA